AUGGAGCAGCUAUCAGAUGAAGAAAUUGACCAUGGUGCUGAAGAAGACAGUGACAAAGAAGAUCAAGAUCUGGACAAAAUGUUUGGAGCCUGGCUGGGGGAGCUAGACAAACUCACUCAGAGUUUGGAUUCUGACAAGCCCAUGGAACCAGUAAAAAGAUCUCCUCUUCGCCAAGAAACAAACAUGGCCAAUUUUUCUUACCGCUUCUCCAUAUACAACUUGAAUGAAGCUCUGAGUCAGGGAGAAACUGUGGAUCUGGAUGCCCUGAUGGCCGAUCUUUGCUCAAUAGAGCGGGAGCUCAGCAGUAUCGGUGCAGGAAAUAGUAAGCGUCAAAUUGCAGAAACAAAAGCCUCUCAGAAAUUACCUCCUAGCCGACAUACAACAAAGCAUGGCACCUUGAAAGGAUUGUCUUCUUCAUCUAAUAGGAUUACUAAACCAUCACAUGCCAACUACUCCCUGGAGGAUAUUACUGCACAGUUAGACCAGGCCUCUUUGAGCAUGGAUGAGGCUGCUCAGCAAUCUGUACUAGAGGAUGCUAAGCCCUUAGUAACUAAUCAGCACAGAAGAACGGCAUCAGCGGGCACGGUGAGUGAUGCUGAAGUGCGCUCUAUGAGUAACUCCACUCGCUCCAGCAUCACUUCUGCAGCUUCCAGCAUGGACUCUUUGGAUAUUGAUAAAGUAACGCGCCCUCAAGAACUGGAGUUGACACAUCAGGGGCAGCCAAUUACUGAGGAAGAACAAGCAGCAAAAUUGAAAGCUGAGAAGAUCAGAGUUGCCCUAGAGAAAAUUAAAGAGGCGCAAGUGAAAAAGCUGGUUAUUAGAGUCCACAUGUCUGAUGAUAGUUCUAAAACAAUGAUGGUGGAUGAGAGACAGACGGUGAGACAAGUGCUGGAUAACCUCAUGGACAAAUCCCACUGUGGUUACAGUUUAGACUGGUCACUGGUAGAAACCAUCUCUGAGUUACAAAUGGAGAGAAUCUUUGAAGACCAUGAAAACUUGGUUGAAAAUCUUCUUAACUGGACAAGAGAUAGUCAAAACAGGCUUAUGUUUAUGGAGCGUAUAGAAAAAUAUGCACUUUUCAAAAAUCCACAGAACUAUCUUUUGGGGAAAAAGGAAACAGCUGAGAUGGCAGAUAGAAACAAAGAAGUGCUGUUGGAGGAAUGUUUUUGUGGAAGUUCUGUAACUAUACCAGAAAUUGAAGGAGUCCUUUGGUUGAAAGAUGAUGGCAAGAAGUCCUGGAAAAAGCGUUACUUUCUCUUGCGAGCAUCUGGUAUUUACUAUGUCCCUAAAGGAAAAGCGAAGGUUUCUCGGGAUCUGGUAUGCUUUCUCCAGCUGGAUCAUGUCAAUGUUUAUUACGGACAGGACUAUCGGAACAAAUACAAAGCCCCGACGGACUGUUGUCUGGUGCUGAAGCACCCACAGAUCCAGAAGAAAUCUCAGUACAUCAAAUACCUUUGCUGUGAUGAUGUGAGGACCCUGCACCAGUGGGUCAAUGGUAUCCGCAUUGCAAAGUAUGGGAAGCAGCUCUACAUGAACUACCAAGAAGCCUUAAAGAGGACAGAGUCUGCUUGUGAUUGGACUUCCUUAUCCAGCUCCAGCAUUAAAUCAGGAUCCAGCUCUUCCAGCAUCCCAGAGUCUCAGUCAAAUCACUCAACUCAGUCUGACAGUGGGGUGUCCGACUCCCAGCCAGCGGGACACGUCCGUUCCCAAAGCAUCGUGAGCUCCAUCUUCUCCGAGGCCUGGAAACGAGGCACGCAGCUGGAAGAGUCCAGCAAGGCCAGAAUGGACUCUAUGAAUCGAUCCUACACUUCACUUAUGCCCCCUUUAUCCCCACAACCUAAACUUGUCAGCCCCUACACGGCCUCCCAGCCUUCGCCUCCUCUUCCACCCCCACCCCCACCCCCUCCUCCUCCCCCUCCCCCCCCGCCCCCGCCUCCCCCUCCUCUGCCCAGUCAGUCUGCACCUUCUGGGGGCUCAGCAGCCACGAUGUUUGUCAAGUACAGCACAAUCACCAGGCUGCAGAACGCCUCUCAGCAUUCAGGACCCCUGUUUAAGCCCCCACCACCCUCGGUGAUGCAGUCUCUGUCCUCGACCUCACAGCCAGCAAAGCCUCAGAUCCCGGUGCCCCCCAACGGAGUUGUGCCCCCACCCCCGCCCCCUCCACCGGCCCCCACCCCUGGCUCGGCCAUGGCCCAGCUCAGACCCGUGCCUUGCGCCCAGUCCCUCCCACAGUUCAGCCCCCCGCCACCUCCACUGAAGAUUCAUCCUGUCCCGCACGGUAUUCAGGCGGCCUCUCCCACACCCCCACCCCCGCCGCCUGCCUCUCCCCAAGCUGCUCCCAAACCGCUGGUGACCCUGCCGCCCACCAGCACCAAGACCGCGCCCCCCGUGGUGACACAGGCCGUGCCCCCUACCCCUCUUCCCCCCGUCCCCCCCGCAAAAAAGCCGGCUUUCCCCCACAUCCCGCCCUCUCCAGCCGCUCCUCCGGGUCCCGUCCCCCCGCCCACGCUCCCCAAGCACCAGAGCUUCGGCGGGAAGCCGCCGCCCGCCCCGCCGUCCCCCGGGCUCUCGGUGGUGAAGGCGAUGGCCAGCCAGUUCCCCCCGCCGCCCGCGCCCGCGGAGCCGCAGCCCUCGAAGCCGGUCCCCGCGCACGUGGCCCCGCAGUCCCCUCCCGCCGUGAAAGCCAAGCCCAAGUGGCAGCCCAGCCCCGUCCCUGCCCCUUCCCCGGACUUCCCGCCGCCGCCCCCGGAGAGCAGCCUGGUGUUCCCCCCGCCGCCCCCGCCGCCGCCUCCACCCACCCCGCCCCCGCCAGCGACCCCCACCGCCCCCGCCCCGGACAGAAGCGGGUCUCCCGGCAAGAAGGCGGGCAAGACGGCCAGCCCCGGGGCGAAGAAGCCUCCGCCGACCCCGCAGCGCAACUCCAGCAUGAAGUCCAGCGGCGGCGCGGCGCCCCCCGAGCCCAAGAGGCCCUCGGUGGACAGUCUGGUCAGCAAGUUCGCGCCGCCCGCAGAACCCUCUGGGUCUCCCAGCAAGGACGCCCUGCCGCCGCCUGCGGCGCCCCCCAAACCUGGGAAGCUGAACCUUUCCGGAGUCCACCUCCCUGGAGUCCUCGCACAGGCGGGCGCGGCAGCCAAGGCCGCGGCCCCGAGUCCGCGUGGCAAGGACCCCGCGGGGGAGUUCCCUUCUCCUCCGUCCGACUCUGACUUCCCGCCCCCGCCCCCCGAGGUGGAGCUCCCCCCGCCCCCCAUAGAGAUCCCCGCGGCCUUCCUGGGAGCCGCUUCUCCCAAGGUGGCCGUGGUCAGCCCGCAGCCGCAGCCAUGGUCCAAGCCGGCGGUGAGGAAGGCCCCGCCGCCCACGCGGCCCAAGCGGAACGACAGCACCCGCCUCACCCCGGGGGAGCCCUCGGAGCCGCCGGCCGCCGUGCCCAGCUCGCCCAAAGCCGGCCUCGGGGUCCAGCCCGGGUUCCUGGCCGACCUCAACCGGACACUGCAGCGCAAGUCCAUCACGCGGCACGGCUCGCUCUCCUCCUCCCGCGCGUCCAGAGCAGAACCCACGGCCACCAUGGACGACAUGGCAUUGCCCCCGCCUCCCCCGGAACUGCUUUCUGAUCAGCGGAAAGCUGGCUACGGAGGCAGCCACAUAUCAGGCUAUGCAACCUUGCGGAGGGGACCCCCUCCCGCCCCCCCUAAGAGAGACCAGAACACCAAGCUCUCCAGAGACUGGUAGCUACCGCAGGUCUUUACUGUCAUGGUUUCUGUAAUCAGUUCUACAAUCAGCUCGCCUGGUCAUCUAGGAAUUCAGGUGUCGGAGCCUUCUGGUAUGUUAUUCAGGUAGUGUCCAGCUGUGUGCGUGUGUGUGUACAUACCUCUGCAGUGUGUGUAUAUAAGUGUGUGUAUAUAUAUAUAUGCGUAUAUAUAUAGCUGGGAGUGAUUCUAUUUAUUCCCUUUCAUAAUCUGAAAGUGGGUUUUGUGUAUUUUGGGCACCAGAGGCGUGGAAGGGGAUGUGUCCUUUCCCUUGCGAUUUCUAUUAUCUGUCAUGUGGAUUGGACCAAAACAACUUCUGAUGACUUUAGAAGGUAUAUUGUAAGUCUCCAUGUGCGGCUACCUGUGCAUGUUACUAUGUACUGAGGAGUACACGUAUAAUGUGCUGUUUCUCAGUUUGAGAAGACAGCCACGACGUUUGGUGUCUCAUAGGGCUUUUGUUUUUCCCCGGUUGGCUGAAGUUAUAACUGCUUGAUUGACACUUCAUUACUGUACAUAAAGGGGCACUUUAAUCAGGAAACUCUCAGCUUCAUAGAACGGGUCAACGGUGCGGUGUGGGGGAAGUUCAGUCACUACACGGUUGUGCAGUAACCACCAUUCCAGCUGCAGUGCAGCUGCAGUGACCGCUGAACCUGGGACGUGUUCUCACAGGUAAGCUCUUUGCCUACAACACGUGGAUAAUGUCGUACUGUAAUCUUGGGUGUUUUUAUGCUGUUGGAAUCCUUCCGUGGGCUCUGUGAAGCUUCAUCAAGCGUGGCUUCACGAUCCUUGCUUUGACUCAUAUAAGAACUAUCUGACAUAGUGCCCUGCAAUGCUCAGUCCAGGAUGUCUUUGGGUCACUAGUUAUCUUCUAAGUGUGUGCUUUACGUAGAUGUUGAUCUUAGGGAUCUGUAACCGUUGCUAUAUCAAGUAUUCCCAUCCUAUGUCCAAUAUAGUGCAUCAUCAUGAAAAACAAAUCACCUUCUGAAACGUCUAUAUUGCUCUCUAGAAGGUCGGGGUGAUUACAGAAGGAACAAAUGGCCCCUGUGCAGGUAUCAUUAAUCAGGUUGUACAGGGGUUGUAAUGUGUAAUACAAAGAAUUCUGUAAGUGUGAGACCAUCAUAGAGGGAGGGAAAUGAAGACGCCGGCUGCAGCCAGGUGGGGAGUAGUGUAGUCCAAGCACAGUGAGUGGCAUUACAUAUUAUGCAUGUGCAGUUUGGCAUAACAAAUCAUUGCUCUAAUGACUCAGUAAUCCUGUGUGCUUCAUGCUACACUUCAUGUGGUUUUUUUUCCCCUGUGAAUUUUCUUUUGUAUCUGAGAAAAAUGUGAUAAAUUGACCAUUAGGAAUAAAACGCAGUCUCAGAGCUGCUCUUAAACAAAAGAACAAAGACUAGCUCCCCCAGGAGCGAUACGUGAGCACAUCUUGUAAUGAAGGUCUGCCUGUUGUGGCUGAGGAUGACCAGGGCAGACACCUCCUGACACUGUCCCACAAGGAAAAUGUGCCCAUGCAGUGGGGCAGAUAGGAAUGAGAGAGUAAGUGAAAGUUGAGUAUGCAGUGUCCAGAUACCCAUAUAACCCACUCCAAGGAAGGGCUGCAUCAGAGUAAAUGGCACCGACCUCUCCAUUGCCACGUCUGCAGGAUAUUGUUCAGUAUAUUCCUGUGCUUGUAGAGCACUAAGAACAUAUACCAUUGUGCAUUUUUUAAAGCCCUGCUUCUUUAAAAGAUACUUUUUGGGUCUUUUCAAUUGUUCACAAGGUCUGUGUGCUUGAUAUCGUUAUGCUUAUGAAGUGACCUUUACCACAUCUGCAUUGUUGAUUUAGGCAUGCACAGCAACUUGGAUAACAUUUGAGUACAGAUUGCCAAGCUUCGGUGUGCAUCAUGAGUGAAAUAAUUUCCCAGUCUCUGCCUGCAGUUUUAUAUUCUAAGAAUCACCCUUAUUUGUGAAGUAAAAGAGCUAUUAGGAAUAGGAAUCCAAUGACAUAUUCACUAGGGGUUUUUACUGUGGUGGUGUCAUUUUUACAUGAAGGUGGACAAUUUCAACUUUUGUAACAUACCCUCAAUCAAUGAUGUGAACCCUAAGGUACAGCCUGUUCUUUUUCAGUGCGGGCUUUCCUGGGCCUUCUUGCUGUGUCAGUGCUGAUGACAGCCCUCCUAGACUGAUGCUUUUGGUGCAUCAUCCUCCUGAAAGAGCAGAACACUAGGGACACCCAGAAGCGAGCUGGUCGGGGAGGAACUGUCAUUUAUACCCCAGUCCAUUGGCAUGUCUGACAACAGGCUGUUUACAUUUCUCCAAAGAUGGAAAAGGCUGUUAUCUAUGUCAUGGUGAAACAACUGAAUCAUAAACAAAUAACAACACUUUAGGUUAUACUUCCAGUAUUUUAGCUCCCUGAUGGAGUUUUUUAAUUUGGAUUUUUAUUGGAUGAAGUUUUGUGGGUUUGUUUUUGAGACUAUUUUCAUUAUUUUCUCUGGUGUGUGCAUGGGAAGCCCACUGCCAGAUGGCAGUUCUGUGCCUUCCUCCACUGCCUCCUGCUCAACAGCAUAGGUCCCCAGGUCAGAGGAGGAAGCCUGGACGCUGACUGGGCUGCGCUGAAUGUGGACGAACAUCCUGUGGAAGGCAAUGCAGACAGUUGCCUAUCAGAGCUAGUGACUUGGUUAACUUGAGGGUGUCACUAAUCACCCUACAAUUAACGUUUUGGUACCAACUCUGAAGUCAGCUACAACUUAGAUCAGGUUUACAGGCAUUAAUAUAAAUGUUAGGCUACUCUCUAUUGAAAUGUUACCAGCUUGGCUUUUAUUACUCGAAUAAAUACAUUUUUCCCCUUAGCUACUAUAAUUCUCACUUGGGAAAACUAUAUUUUUUUUCUUUUUUAACUAUUCUUAAGGUUUUUACAGAUGCCCACUUAACGAUAAAUUGGAUUUUUAAAAUUUGAGACUUUUUAAAAUGAGAAAGAUUGCUGACUCUUACAAGUUAUAGGACACGAUUUUAAUCAGAAAAUUUCAAACAAAGUAAUGUGGACACGGUGUUUUCCAGUCCUCUGAAAUCAAGGUGCUGCUGGCCACUGACGGCGUAUUCUGCUAAGGGCUGUGAACUAUCUUAGAAGUCCCUCUCUACAUAAGUUUACUGCACUGAAAACAGUGCUGAGGUUAUGAAGAAAGUUUAAAUAAAAUUAGAGCGACAACGCAGAUCAAAGUUCAUAGGAGCUGUGCAUCCCAUUGGAGUUUCAGAAACUGCUAUCCUGGGAAAAUGGUUGUUAAUAAGCUUGUGUCAGAAAUGUGAUGUCAUGAAUUUAGCCUGAAAAAAUUCUCAGGUAAUGAUGUGGAUUGGUUUGAUUUGACUAUCAGGUCACCAACAGAACUGUUUGUCGCCUUCCUUCUUCUCUUAAAAGUAAUUUUAUUUUAAAAACAUAAACACGUUAUGUUAAAAUUUUUAAAUGCGUAAAAAACUGUUUUCUUAAUUUUAUGUUACCAAAUUUUUAAAACAUGUCAUCUAUAGAUAUGUUUAGAAAACUGAUGUAAUCUCACAGAUUUUAUUCACAUUUAGACCAAGUAAACCUGAAUGACCCUGACUUGCUUUAAGUGAAAUAGGAAUAAUUUGGAUUUAUACACUUGAUGAGAGGAUCCUAUCUCUAAAAAUCACUUUAGGUUGCAAGCACCUUUUGGCACUUUGUGUUUUGUUUUAUACACUUUACAUCAUUUGUAUAAAGCAGGAUAUCCCUGAUCCUGCAGGGAUAUGGGACUGCUCAUAAGAUUGAGAUCUGAUUCACAGAGAGGCGAGUAGAACAGAAAUAUCCCACUAUCUUUUACGAUUUAUUUUCCUUUAAAAAUUCAAGAGAAGUACAUUUCUACACCUUACCGGUCUAUCCCUUAACUAAGUGCUCCAUUACUGUUGUAUACUUGGAAGGUCUAUAUGUAAGAGAAAUCUGAUAUUUAUCUGUAAAAUAAACUUGCUAAACAAAAAUAAGCAAACAAUAUACUUGAUAAACACUAGAAGAGGGAAAAAUCUCCAAUUGGUUUGCCCUUUGCUUGUUCGAGUAAUGAACCGUUUUGAAGAGAAAACAGUAUCUGCUAUAAUCCCCAGUGCCUUGAACUCUUUGGGAGGAAUAGCAUUAAAAAAAACCUAACAAGCAGAUUUUGAGGUGCUAGUGAAAAGGAAGGUAUUUCUAGUUUAUGCAAAAAUAGAAAAAGUCACUGUCUCACAAGAGAUGGCUCCAUCUGCCUAACGAGGACUGGCUGCUUUCUACCAAAGACAGAAGUGAGUGUGUUGGUCACAGACGGCUGUUGACACCUAGCUCAGCUCAUAAAUGCUGAAGCUUUCUUAGGCAGAAUAUGCUUGCAGCACUUAGAGGGGAAAAACCUCAGCAUCUUUGGAACUAUCCACUGUUUCCACUGUUGAAUUUAUGGUAGCCUAAUACCAAAAACUGCCAUUUUCCAUGAUUGCCGUCUCUAUAUUUUUCCUUUACUUGUAAAUAAUCUCUCCUAGAAGGUAAGCAUUAACUGGAAUGUUUCAAAUGAUGUUUAAUUUUAUUGUCAGUCACUAGUGAACUCCUUUUACAGAAAUGUACAUUUAAAAUAAAAUAUCAUUAGCUUGUGCUAAAUGGUGUAAAAACAUUGUUUACUAUUUUAAAGGAAAAUUGCACAUAAUAUUUAACUGGGAUUGCUCCCUCUCUUCCCAUUUCUUUAAAAAGUUAAAUCAAGGCUCACAUUGACAUGUAGGCUGUGGGAAGCUUUGCUAUAAAUAAGUAAAUAGAUACAACAUAGGAAUGUACUUUUUUAAAGCAUGAAAAGAAGACAAAAGGAACUGCAUUAUAAAGUAGCCGAUAGAGGACAUUCAAAUGAUUAUGCACAGUUCGGUGAAGAUGAAGUUACAAUUUUCCUUUCAGCUUUGUUGCUAUUAUUUUCUUGUUUAAAUGUACGCUCUCAUUUCAUUAUGUGCCUUGCUCCCUGAUUGUGCAAACCUAUAGAUAUAUAUAGAUAUAUAUAUAUGAGAGAGAUAUAUUCAGUACUACUGACGAUGUUUUUGUUCUACUGCUAGAUUAAGUUAUUUUCCAAGUUACUCUUGCCAGUGAAGUAUUGUGAUGGCUUAGGACAGUAGUCAGUCAGUGUAAAUUUGUUUUCCAGUUACAUGUUUUCACCAUGUCAGCUUACCCAACCCUUAAUAAAAAUAAUGCAUAGAUUUCGUUUAAA